AUGAAGGCAGAAAUCUUCCUGGGGUCGUUGGUGAUCCUCAACCUGUUCCAGGCAUCUGUAUCCUCUUCCUACGGUAUUCCUGAAUCACUCAGCAGCACAGCCCUGAAGAGCAGCGUGGCCGAAGCCCGGCAGUCGGUGGAUGCCGCCUACAAGCGGACACGGGACCGCAUAAAGAAGAACCUGCAGAGCAAUGCCUUGACCCCAGCAGAGCUGCUGAGAUAUUUCAAGCAGCCAGUGGAGGGGACGCGAGCAGCCGUCCGGGCAGCGGAUUAUCUGCACAACACCCUGAGCCUGCUCCAGGAGAGGCUGCGGGGGGCUGUGAGGGGGAACUUCAACGUCACAGACUUGCUGACUCCAGCUCAGCUGGGGAUGAUUUUCAAGGCCACUGGAUGUGACCAGCAGGAUAAGAAAAUAAAUUGUGCUUCUUCUGGCUACAGAACCAUCACUGGCGAGUGCAACAACAGGAGGAACCCAUCCCUAGGAGCUUCCAACAGRGCCCUGGCCAGGUGGCUGCCAGCAGAAUAUGAGGAUGGCAUCUCUGUGCCCCGCGGGUGGACGGAAGGAAGGCGCUACUCUGGAUUCCCCCUUCCACUGGUCCGACAAGUGUCCAACGACAUCGUCCGCUUCCCCCGGGAGCAGCUCCAGAUGGACCAGCAGAGAUCCCUCAUGUUCAUGCAGUGGGGCCAGUUUAUUGACCAUGACCUGGAUUUCAGCCCAGAAACCCCAGCCAGAGUCCCAUUUGCCGGUGGGACAGACUGUGACACCAGCUGUGCCAAGAAGCCUCCCUGCUUUCCCAUCCAGAUCCCACCCAACGACCCCCGAAUCACCAACAGGAGGGAUUGCCUCCCUUUCUUCCGCUCAGCUCCCGCCUGCACACGGGGCAGGGCGAUCCGGGAGCAGAUCAACGCUCUGASCUCGUUCCUGGACGGCAGCGUCGUGUAUGGCAGCGAGGUGGCCGUGGCCCAGCGCCUGCGGGACCGGAGCGGCCGGCGGGGCCUCCUGGCUGUGAACCACAACUUCACCGACAGGGGCAGGGCGUACAUGCCCUUCGGCCCCAUGAGGAAGGAGCCCUGCCUCAAGGCCAGCGGGGCGGCUCGAAUCCCUUGUUUUUUUGCAGGUGACACCCGGGCRAGCGAGAUGCUGGAGCUGGCCUGCAUGCACACGCUCUUCCUGCGGGAGCACAACCGCCUGGCUGGGAAGCUGCAGAGCCUCAAUCCCCACUGGAAUGAUGAGAGGCUCUACCAGGAGGCACGAAAGAUCCUGGGAGCCAUGAUCCAGAUCAUUACCUACAGGGAUUACCUGCCUCUCCUGUUGGGACACAGUUUCCGGAGGCUCAUUCCUCGUUACCGGGGCUACAACGAGUCCGUGGAUCCUCGGAUAUCCAAUGUCUUCACCUUGGCUUUUCGUUUUGCUCAUGCCUCAGUCCCCCCAACUGUUGGCCGCUUGGACAAAUAUUACAGACCYAUAACUCCUGAAAUUCAACUCAGAACCUCCUUCUUUGCUGUCUGGAGGAUCAUUCAAGAAGGNNNNAUUGAUCCCUACCUGCGCAGCCUGAUGGCCCGCCCGGCCAAGCUGAUGACGCAGCAGCAGAUGGUGGUGGGCGAGCUCCGGGACGGGCUCUUUGAGCAGGUUGAAAGGAUUGGCUUUGAUUUGGCUGCACUCAACAUGCAGCGCAGCCGAGAUCACGGCCUGCCAGGUUACAACUCCUGGAGAAAAUUCUGUGGGCUCUCACAGCCCUCUGGAGUGAAGUCUCUUGGUCGAGUGUUGAGGAAUCAGAACCUGGCAAGGAAGUUUCUGYGGCUCUACGGGACACCAAAAAACAUUGACAUCUGGAUAGGGGCCCUUGCAGAGCCCUUUGUGAACAGAGGCCGAGUGGGGCCUCUCAUGGCUUGUCUGAUUGGCACCCAGUUCAGGAACAUCCGUGAUGGGGACAGGUUUUGGUGGCAGAACCCUGGGGUGUUCACUCCUCGCCAGCGCUGUUCMCUGGCCAAAAUCUCCUUGUCACGAAUAAUCUGUGACAACACCCACAUCACUAAAGUAUCAAGGAACAUCUUCCGGGCUAACAGAUACCCCCAUGGCUUUGUGAGCUGCAGUCGGAUCCCUAAGCUGGACCUCAGAGCCUGGAAGGCGACGAGCAYSGAGGAGCAAGGAAAGGCUGAGGAAGCUGGGACUGAUCAACCCGGAGAGGACUCCUAG